AUGACUUCCCUAUUUGACGACUCCGAUCCUUCUGGCAAACAGAACACCCGCCUGUUGGAAUUCCGCGCCGGAAAGAUGGUCGCGGCUGGGAACAUGGUGCUCCCCGACAGGCGGAAAGGGUUGGUGUUCUUAUACCAGUCACAAGAUUCCCUAAUGCAUUUUUGCUGGAAGGACCGAACAACAGGCAAUGUCGAAGAUGAUCUAACUAUUUUCCCUGAUGACAUUGAGUUUAAACACGUCCAGCAGUGCACAAGUGGCAGAGUGUAUGUUCUCAGGUUUAAGUCGUCGUCAAGGGAAUUCUUCUUCUGGCUUCAGGAACCCAGGACAGACAAGGAUGAGGAAAACUGUCGGAAGGUGAAUGAUUAUCUGAACAAUCCUCCAAUACGAGCAUCUAUCAUGGAAUCGAGUGCAGGUCCAACAACUCUCAGGGAAUCUAUUGGAGGCGAGCAAGACCUACAGAACAUUCUGGAAAGGAUGAACCGGCAAGAACUCAUGCAACUACUGAACGGUAUGGGAAGUGUGCCUCCAGACCCUGAAUUGUUAGAAACCGUGUUUAGACAACCUGGCAGUUUGCAGUAUUCUGUUGCAGAGCUAGCCUCAUUUUCACAAACUGCUGUAACAAAAGCUACAUCAGGAGACGCCAUGCCUUCACUACCGAUUCCUGUGGUAGCUAGUAGCACUUCAACUACACAGCAGACAACAGGAAGUAGCAGCAGGAGCAGCAUCACAUCUGGAGGCAGGUCCACAUCGGCCAGUGCUGCUUCACAGAAAGGUGGACCUCAUUCACAGUUGAGCCACCUGCAGGAUGGCCUCUCUACCAUCA